AUGCGAAUAGAGUUUCUCCGAUCAGGGGAAACAAUUAGCAGAUAUUUUAAUAAUGUUCUAACUGCGGUAUGUGCACUACGUGAUGACUUUGUACAACCUCCUAGUGGGAUCUGUCACCCCGAGAUUGAAGCUAACCCAAAUUGGUAUCCUCACUUCAAAGACUGUGUUGGGUUGUUGGAUGGUACGCAUGUUGAUGCGUCCGUUCCCCCGUUAGAGUUACCACGUUUUCGUGGUCGGAAAGGACCAACGCAAAAUGUGCUAGCGGUAGUCAACCCAGACCUCAAGUUCACCUAUGUACUUGCUGGUUGGGAAGGAUCUGCAAAUGAUUUCACCGUAUUAAGAGAUGCAAUAUCACGGCCACAACCUGAGGGCCUCAAGAUAAUAGAAGGGAAAUAUUACUUGGUUGAUGCGGGAUAUACGACCAUGAAUGGGUUUAUUGCGCCUUACCGAGGUGUUCGAUACCAUUUAAAAGAACAUAACGGAAGGGCUCCAAUGAACCCAAAGGAAUUAUUCAACUUAAGGCAUUCUAUGUUGCGGUCACGUGUUGAGCGUGCAUUUGCCACAUUAAAGAAUCGAUUCAAAAUUUUGACUUCCCACCCGUUUUUCCCUUUCAAGACUCAAGUUUUGUUGGUUCUUGCGUGUUGUAUCAUUCAUAAUUACAUAGCAGGUGUUGAUCCAAGCGAUCAAAUCUUCCAUGACAGAAGAUUGCAGGAUGAUGAGGUUCUUGCAUCGCAGCCUCGUUCACAGCGAGAACAACGUGAAGAGAACAGACAGUGGGUCGAGUUAAGGGAUAGAAUCGCUAAUGAGAUGUGGUGUCAAUAUUCUGGCAGUAUCUGA